UCUAAGUUAUUUGGCCUGAAAUUUAUAACUGUAAUAGCGUUAUUGAUGUUGCAACGUUGAAUUUGUCAUAUAACAUUUUUCAGUAACAUUGAAGGAAAAUGAGUUAGUUAUUUCCAUGAGGGCAACUGGUCAUUUAGCUUUAUUAUUUGUUAGAUUUAAAUAGACAAUAUGCUUGGAAAUACCAAAAUGGAAAAUGUCACAUGUAAAUUUGUUAACGAAAAGGAAGUUAUUUGUAAUGGAAUAAAAUUUGACGAAGUUGAAGAUGUACUAACAAUAUAUACAACAAUGUUUUGGGUAUAUCUUGGUACAUAUCUUUUCCUGGUCCUUUUUGCAGGUUUAAUGUCUGGUCUAACAAUGGGUCUUUUAUCUCUUGACAAAACACAGUUGGAAAUUUUAAUGAAAGUUGGCAAAGGAAAAGAGAAAAAGUAUGCAGAGAAGAUAUUUCCUAUAGUUAAAAAACAUCAUUUAUUGUUGGUGACACUUCUCUUGGCAAACGCAGCUGCAGUUGAAACCAUGCCAAUCUUCAUGGACAAGAUCACCAAUCCUAUUAUUGCAAUUGUUGUAUCUGUCACUGCUGUUCUUAUUUUUGGGGAAAUCAUACCACAAGCCUUAUGUACAAGAUAUGGGCUAGCUAUUGGCUAUUAUCUUUCACCACUUGUUAAAAUUUUAAUGGUGUUGCUGUUUAUAUUAUCCUGGCCCAUUUCGAAGCUACUUGAUUGUAUGCUUGGUAGUAACCACACAACCUUUUUCAGAAGAGCUGAGCUUAAAGAGCUUGUUAAUUUGCAUCAGCAAUUUGAUGAAGAAAAUGAAGAACCUUUGAGUAUUGAUGAAGCAUUGAUAAUAAAAGGUGCAUUAGAUCUCAAAGAUAAAACUGCAAAAGAUGCUAUGGUUCCAAUAGAUGUAGUGUUUAUGCUUGAAACAAAACAACCUCUGGACUUAGAAAACAUGAACAUUAUUAUUGAGGCUGGGCAUUCAAGAAUUCCAGUGUAUAGAGAUUUAAAAGAAAAUAUUGUGGGAUUACUGUUGGUUAAAACGAUAAUAACUUUGGAUCCAGAUGAUUCUAUUCCUGUUGAGAAUGUGAUGCGUCCACACAAGUUGCUGUUACAGUUUUAUGAAGAUGAACCAUUGUAUAAUAUUUUAAAUGCGUGUCAGACAGGCAGAAGUCAUAUGUGUCUGGUCAAGAAGAAACUGGAUGGUUCAGACUAUGAGCCGGUUACAGGAAUCAUUACUUUAGAAGAUGUUAUUGAAGAAAUUCUACAAGAAGAAAUUGUCGAUGAAACAGACCAAUAUAUAGAUGUGGUUAAACGUAUACAAGUUGCACGCAUUCUAAGGCGUGUGUCCAAAUCACAAAAUCCGAGUUUACAAGCUUCUGCAUCGUGUAAAAAUGUGCCUGCCGUGGUCGUAACUGAUGAAAAAACACCAUUAAUCGAGUAACAGAUCAAUAAUCAUCAUCGCUUGGAGGGUAAUUAUUGUCACUACAUUAUUUCAAUAACUUCAGAUAAUUUAUUUUUUAAAUGCACUAGACUAUAUACAUGUUGAAUACCUUAAUAAGGAUCUGUAUAUUCUUUUAGCUUUAUUUUUUUGGUAGUAUUUAAUAAUCUAAAAAAAUUUUCUAAACUAAGAUGUGUAUAAAAAGUAUUUACAUACAAAUUUUUACUGACUUUAAUGAAUUCUUCCUAAAGAGAAGUACAUUUGUUAUUACUUGUCUCAACAUAGGACUUGUCUAAACAGAUGUGGUGAUUUUAUCAUCUUACUUUGGUUAAUUUGUGCAGUUAAAAAUGUUUCUGUAACAUUAAAGUAAAGUGUGUUUAGCUUGGAUUUUUAAAGCAAAACUUCACUAAGUUCGUACAUUUUAUUUUGUAUGUGUGGGUUUUUGUAUGAGUGUUAUAUAAGAAAAAAUUGAUUUACACAUUUUUUUGUAUAAUUAUUAAGAAUGAUACUCUUAAGAGGAAGUCUUUUUUCGACACGUUUUGUUUUUAGAAUUAUUAUUAUUUAUUUUUUAAUACAUGUAAAAACAACGGC